CAUAGUGUUCCGAGCAUGCGCAGCCUGAGCGAUGACGAUGCCGAGACGUUUGUUUGUCGCUGAGCAACCGGGUAUAAGAAGGAAAUAUUUGCAGACGGGAAGCUCAAGCCAAAGUCACAUCAAGAUCUGAUAGAGUCUCUCGAGUUAACAGAUCUGAAUAUCAUCAGCCUUUGAAUGUAGAAGGAGAAAUGUUUACCUGUUCUGUCUCUGGGGAAUUAAAAAUCUAACUUUAGUGUAACUGGCACCUACUGUGCUGUACCCUUUGUAAGAUGCUAUUCUAUUUAACAGCACCGGGACACAUGCACACACAAGUAAGAAUGUUCCAGUACAUUGAUUGUGGAAAUAGCUUUAACCAGUUACAUGGCCUGAAAGAACUUUGCACUAUUCACAAUGGAGAGAAACUGUAUACAUGUAUGUAUCGAUGAGUCUUCAACUGAUCAUCCAAACUGGAGAGACACAAGAACACCGGCUUCAUGGAGAAACCAUGGAAAUGUGAGGACUGUGGGAAAGGAUUCAAUUAUCCAUCCCUUCUGGAAAUCCAUCGACGCAGCCACAAUGGGGCCGGUACUAUGGAGAAACCGUGGAAAUGUGCGGACUGUGGUAAAGGAUUUUAUUAUCCAUCCCUGCUGGAAAACCAUCGACGCAGUCACACUGGGGAGAAGCCGUUCAUCUGUUCUGUAUGUGGCAAGGGAUUUACUCAGUCAACCUGCCUCAUGUCACACCAGAAAAUUCACACUGACGAGAAGCCAUUCAGCUGCACUUCCUGUGGCAAGAAGUUCAGGCAGUCAUCCCAUCUCACUGCACACCAGCAAAUCCACUCUGAAGACAGGCCAUUCAGCUGCAGUUACUGUGGAAAGAGAUUCAGACAGUCAUCCAGCCUCAUUGAGCACCAACGGGUCCACACAGGUGAGCGGCCAUUCACCUGCUCCGUGUGUGGGAAGGGAUUCACUUGGUCAUCUGGCCUUAGGUCACACCAGCAAGCUCACACCGAGGAGAAGCCAUUUAGCUGCACUGCCUGUGGAAAAAGGUUCACGCGUUCAUCCAGCCUCAUUGAACACCAGCGUGUUCACUCUGGGGAGAGACCAUUCACUUGUUCCGUGUGUGGGAAGGGAUUUACUGGGUCAUCCAGCUUCCAGAAACACCAGCGAGUUCACACUGAGGAGAAGCCAUUCAGCUGUACUUGCUGUGGAAAGAGUUUCAGGCAGUCUUCUGACCUCAAUGUGCACCAGCGAGUUCACACUGGGGAGAGGCCAUUCACCUGCUCUGUGUGUGGGAAGGGAUUCACAAAGUCUUUCACUCUGCUAAUACACCAACGCACUCACACUGGGGAGAGGCCAUUCACCUGCUCUGGAUGUGGGAAGGGAUUCACUCAGUCAUCUAACCUAUUGGCACAUCAGCGAGUUCAUAAAUGUCUGCAGGGGUUAGAUUCUCCUGUUAUUGCUCCAGUUAAUCACCUCCAAGAUUGAUUGAAAAUAUUUGCUUUAUUUCUGCUGAUGUUAAACUCCAGCCAGUUAUCGUGUUGUGAAUAUCUAGUUCAUGGUUUGUAUGUUUUAGAAUAUAACUCAUAGUUUUAUGAAUUAGAGUUUUAAAUAGAAAUUAAGGCAAAAUAUAUUUGAAACUGGUAAAAUCAGCCCUGAAGUAAAUGAAAUUCAAACAAGCUUGGUGUUUAUCACACAUCCUGGGGGUUAUCAUUGACCAAAAACUGAACUGGGAUAGCCAUAUAAAUACUGUGGCUAC